GAUCCUACCUCCUAUACGCAAACACGAGGUUCUCUCAUGGCCCAAUGUUUACUUGCCAACUGCCAAACCAAAGGCGCUUAGCCAGGCGGCGAGCCUGGUGUGCAGCUGUGGCUGUGAUUUGGAACAGAAACCUGAAUGCACCCGGACGGCACAGGGCCGCUUACUCUACCGGCCUGUCAGACAAAUUUGGACUCCCAUGAAUCCUCCUGACCGGGAGAUGCGGGGGUUCAAUGGGAUCCCCUACAUCAAGUAUUUAUGUAUCACCUCAAGGAACAUAAAUUGGGCUUCGCACACCAAGCCAUCUGGUUGAGUUCCGUCCCAUCUGUCUUCCGCUCGAAAGCCACCAGACUCUCAGAGCUGUGAUCAUCAUGGGCCUUUACAACAAGCUUCCCGACGAUAUUCGCGAGGUGGAUGUGGUGAUUAUCGGCGGCGGCACAACUGGCUGCGUCGUCGCCUCGCGGCUGGCGGCGGCAGACCCCAGCAUAUCCAUUCUCGUGAUCGAGGGGGGCCAAAACAAUGCCAAUAAUCCCACCAUCAUGCAUCCCGCCUACUUCCUGGCCCAUCUCGCGCCCGGCAGCACGACGAAUCUCUUCUACAAGGCCAAGAAGUCUCCCGCCGUGGCCGACCGCGAGCUCAUCCUGCCGUCAGGCGGUGUUCUGGGCGGAGGAUCGUCGACCAACUUCAUGAUGUACAGCCGGGCUCAGAAGUCCGACUUUGACUCUUGGGCCGUCCCGGGAUGGUCGGGCGCGGAUAUGUUGCCUUACCUGAAGAAGGUUGAGACCUACCACGGCAAGGACGGCAAGGGCGUCCACGGGAACGAGGGCCCCAUUCAUGUCUCGCGCGGCUCGUACCAUUCAAAGAGGCUCGAGGACGAGUUCAUCGCCUCGGUGGCGAAGGUGGGGUGGCCCGAGGUCGAAGACGUGCAGGAUCUCGAGGCGGUGAAUGCCGUCGGGCCUGCCUAUCGUUACAUUUCCCCGGAUGGCAAGCGACAAGACGCUGCGACGUGCUACCUCCAUCCUCUCCUGAACGACGGUAAGCACCCUAACCUGCAUGUUCUUGUCGAGUCGCAGGUUACGCGCAUCCUGUUUGACAACAACAACCACAAGGCUGUUGGGGUCGAGUUCAGACCGAACCCAGCCUUUGGCGGUGAUGCGACGGAGCUCAAGACGGUCAGGGCCCGGAAGCUCGUCGUUGCGUCGAGCGGAGCCUGCGGCACCCCUUCGCUCUUGGAGAGAUCCGGCGUCGGUGACCCCCAGGUCCUGCAGGCCGCAGGUAUUCCCCUUGUCGCAUCGGUGCCGGGUGUCGGAAACGGUUACGAGGACCACCAUUUGCUUGCGUACCCGUACCUCAACUCUCUGGAUGCCACCGACACCUUGGACGCUCUCGUCUACGGCCGUAUGGGGAGUCCCGAGGAGUUGAUCAAGGCAGGCCAUCCGAUGCUGGGCUGGAACGCCCAGGAGGUCCAGGGCAAGGUCCGGCCAAGCGACGCAGAGGCUGCCGCUCUGGGCCCCCAGUUCAAGGCCGCCUGGGAUCGGGAGUUCAAAGACCACCCCGAAAAGCCCAUGGUGGUUUUCACCGUCAUCGCCGGGUUCUCGGGGGACCCGAGCCUCGCCACCGGCGGCCCCGGGCUGGCCAUCUCGACCUUUACCGUCUACCCCUUUUCGCGCGGCCACAUCCACAUCACGGGGCCGCGGCUCGACGACCCCCUCGACUUUGAGACGGGCUUCUUUGCCGACCCCGGCGGCCUCGACGCCAAGCAACACGUGUGGGCCUACAAGAAGCAGCGCGAGAUUAUGCGGCGCAUGCCCUGCUACCGGGGCGAAAUGGCCGCCUGCCACCCGCCCUUCGCGCCGGGCUCCCGGGCCGCGUGCAUCCGUCUCGAAGAUGGGCAGCCGCCGCUGCCCGUCGACGUGCCCGACAUCGAGUACACGCCCGAGGACGACGCCGUGCUGGAGAAGUGGCUGCGGGAGAACGUCAGCACCACAUGGCACUCCCUCGGCACGUGCAAGAUGGCGCCGCGCGAGCGGGGCGGCGUGGUGGAUGCCAGCCUCGGCGUGUACGGCGUGGAGGGACUCAAGAUUGCCGAUAUGAGCAUCGUGCCGCGGAACGUGGCUGCCAAUACCAACAAUACUGCCCUGGCCAUUGGCGAAAAGGCCGCGGACAUUUUCCUCAGGGAGCUGGGCUUGGAGUCGAAGUAAAAAUGAGGCGUCAUGCGGUUGAAGAGGGACGUGAGCGUCUUAUGUGCGAGACACCCGGGGACUUCAACAAAUCUUUGAGAUGCCUUGAAUACCUCCCGUGCUGUACAGUUGGAUCCCAGUUUAACUAAGUGCGGAUGAGUGAGCACUGAAACGGGGCCGGUUACACAACAGGGGAAAGGGCCAUGUUUCUGUGGGUAUGUCCGUAUGUGAUAGAUGCGAUAUAUUGCUGUCUCCAUGUCUAUUAACUCUGGGCUAAACUCACUGGGACCACAGAUCCAGUCUGGAAAUCGAGCCGCUCACGAGACACAUUGAUGUUGGCUCUGCAUCGGUGUUCCAAGCUAAUGCUCAGGAAGGGACGGUGUCAGGCACACCUUGACCGGGUCUGCCUGCCUGCGGCGUCCUGAGGUCAUCAAACAGCCAGU